UACAACUAAAGCCAGUUUCUAAUUUUUUCUCUGCCAACAACUAAAGAAUUCUAUAUCCAAAUUAUAGUGUAUUGUAUAUUUCGGAAUAAAAUAUGGGUCGGAAAUUGAAAGAAGAUCUAAGUGAUUCACUCGAUGAUAUAUUUAAAGCAUUUAAAAAGGAACUUAAUUUACACCGCGAACGUCAAAAAGAGAUCGUAGAAGGCUUUAUGAAGAAAGUUAAUUUUCUUAAAAAGAAUCAUACCAACUCAAUUGACAAGACUUUUAAGAGAGACGUUAGGAGGAUUCAACUUGAAGACAAUAAAAAGAGUGUGUGGAAAUUACCAUCAAUUAUUGGACCUAGACCAUUCCAAGGAAAACACAAAAGACUUGUUUAUUGUGACUGCUCUUCAGACGGAAGUGAUUUAGAUUCAGAAUCAGAAUCAGAAGUAGAUGAUGAUGACGACGAUGAUGACUUUGAGGAUGAAGAUGAGAAGAAGGAUCAGCGGCACAUAAAUGGAAAAUGUUGCACACUACGAAUACAACGUAAUGUUCAAAAAGGUCGGAAAUAUCCUCCAAAGCCCAAGAGAAAAAACUUUAAAAAGAAGCAAAGUCUGGCAAAGCUUAAAAUUUCGUCAAUCAGUAAAAAUGAGUUGAAACUUAAACAGAAUUUGCUCCAUUUAAUUAAUGAGGAGAGAAAGAAUAAAACAGACACGGGUGCCAUGAAUUGUUCGAUUCCAAUGACCGAACAACAGAAUUUGGAGAUGCCGGGACCAAGUGGACAUUCAGGUUCACUUAUAGUUAAUAUGCCGAUGGGCUGUAACCCUGUUAAGAAGAAAGCUUUUAAGAAACAAAGGAAGAAAUAAAUCACAUAUUUCAAGUAAAAAAACUGAUUCAAAAGCUAAAAAUGAUGAGAUUCGAGAGGAAGAGUGUAACAGUUGAAAAAGAAAAUAUCGACGAUAAACAAGAUUCUGGUAUGUCAUAGGUAUACAGAAAAUUGUCUACUGCACAACUCGAGACUCACAGCAUUUGGACGCAGACUUUAAUACUUAAACCGAAUGAAGCCAGAUGUUCUUACUGAUGUAUUGAACUAUCAGAUUCUUUUGAUUGUUUCGGGAAGGAAAGGUUAAUAGUUGUAAGCUGUAUACCUUCACAGAGUCGGUAAUUUCUGUCUUAGAUCUCAUCAUAAUUAGAUCAAAUCAUCAUGCAAUCAGUUUUUUUUUUGGUGUACUUAUUUAACAAAAUUGUGGAUGAAGGAGGCAUGGUGUAUUUUUUGGAGGAUGGCAGCAAAAAUGGAAAAUACACAAUUUAUAUGCAGGCGCUGUUAAGAUAAAGGACAAAUGUAACACUAACCUUUCGUUUAAUCCUUUCAGGAUGGAGAGAUUAAAUUAUAACAAAAAUGAUAAAUUUUGAAGAGGUUUUUCUUCGGUUAAGCGAUGUGAAUCACAAAACUCUUUGAAAAUAU